AUGUUCUCGUCAGCGGUGCUAUUUGCCUUUGCUCUCGUCGCAUCUGUCAAUGGAUUUUACAGUUCAAAUGACGAUGUCGUUCAACUAGAUCCAUCUAACUUUGACCGACUUGUCGUACAAAGUUCAGAUCUAUGGAUUGUCGAAUUCUACGCGCCAUGGUGUGGUCAUUGUCAAAGUUUAACACCGGAAUGGAAACGAGCUGCAACAGCUCUAAAAGGUAUUGUUAAAAUCGGUGCAGUCGAUGCUGAUAAUCACAAAUCUCUCGGCCAACAAUAUGGUGUAUCCGGUUUCCCAACGAUCAAAAUCUUUGGAACGAACAAACGCUCGCCCUCUAACUAUCAAGGUGGUCGAACAGCUGAUGCGAUCGUUCAAGAAGCUCUUAGCCAAUUGAGAACAAUUGUUAACGAACGAUUAGGUAAACGGGGAGGCAGUGGAAGCAGCGGUGGUGGUAGUAGUGGAAAUGGUGGCAAAGAUGCCGUAGAAUUAACAGACAGCAACUUUCAGUCAACUGUUCUCGAUUCUGAAGAACCAUGGUUGGUUGAAUUCAUGGCUCCAUGGUGUGGACAUUGCAAGAAUUUAGCACCAGAAUGGGCUCGUGCUGCAACUGAAUUGAAAGGCAAAGUUAAUUUGGGUGUUGUUGAUGCUACUGUUCACACUCAAUUAGCUCAACGAUAUGGCAUUCAAGGUUUCCCAACCAUCAAGUUCUUUCCCGCCGGCCGAAAAGAUGGUCAAGCUGAAGAUUACAAUGGCGGACGUAGUUCAGGCGACAUCGUUGCUUGGGCUCUGGAUAAACAUCAAGCAAAUAUUCCUCCACCGGAAGUGAUUGAAAUCACCGACCAAGCUGUUUUAGAUAGCAAUUGCGCGGAAAAACAAUUAUGCAUCAUCUCAUUUUUACCUAACAUCCUCGACUGUCAAUCAGCAUGCCGCAACAAACAUAUCGCUAUGUUGAAAAAGUUUGGUGAAACUUAUAAACGUAACGGUUGGGGUUGGUUAUGGGUUGAAGCCUUUCGUCAACCAAAACUUGAAGAAAGUGUUGGAAUCGGUGGUUUUGGGUAUCCAGCUCAAGUAGCAAUUAAUGCGCGUAAAGGCAAAUAUGUUGUCUUGAAAGGUUCCUUUAGUGAAUCGGGUAUCAGCGCAUUCUUAAAGGAGCUAUCGACUGGUCGUUUAACAAGUCCGCUUGUUCCCUUAAGUGGUGUCGCAGAUGGUAAAUUACCAACGGUUGAAACUAGCGAACCCUGGGAUGGUAAAGAUGGCAAAUUAGAAGUCGUUGAAGACAUUGAUCUUAGCGAUGUUAAUUUGGAUGAUGAUGAAGAUGACUUGAAUGCAAAGAAGAAAAAAUUGAUCUUUUUCAACAAUAUUUUCAAUAUUAAUCGUUUUUUAAUUGCAAAUUUUAUCACAUAUCUGCUUAUCUGUGAACGUAUUAAACAAUCCCAAUUUUCAGUUAGUCAAAAAACCGAUGUCAAACUUUCUCUCAAAAUAAACUUUGCACGUGCAGUUAGUGGAACCGAAGCAGAAAACUUUCUAUACAAUAGUUUAUUACGCUUAUCGACAUCUUCGUCGAUUCAUCAUUCGCAACAAUCGAAUCGUCUUGCCAUCACCCCGUCACCGACCAUCACACGAAGUGUUCAUCUUCUAACAGCAACAUCAGGAUACAACGGUCACGAGGACGAAGAGGAUGAAGAUAAAGGACAUUUGAGAAAGAAGAAAAAUUCACCCAAAAUCCAAAGAACCAAUCGAUCGAAUGUAUACGGUGAUGAUGCUUUCUUCACUGCUAAGAAUCGACUCGGAGAUUUCCUUGGCGUUGCGGACGGCGUCGGUGGUUGGCGCGAACAUGGCAUCGACCCUUCACUAUUCUCCAGUUCUCUCAUGGAAGCAUGCAAAUCUCUCGUAGAUAAUAAACUAAUCGAUUUAAAUCCUUUAACUCUUAAAGAAUUACUUUCCAAAGCUUACAAACAACUCCUAGAAGAGAAACAAUGCAUUAUUGGUAGUAGUACGGCGUGUAUCGUUGCAUUACAUCAUGAGAAAAGUAUUUUACAUACUGCAAAUCUAGGUGAUAGUGGAUUUGUAAUUAUAAGAAAAAACGCGAUUGUACAUCGUUCACAAGAACAGCAACAUUAUUUUAAUUCACCGUUUCAAUUGUCUAUUCAUCCAGAAAUGAAAGGUCAACGUUUAAUUGCUGAUCGCCCUGAACAAGCAUCAAUAACAUCAUUCAAUGUCGAAGAAAACGAUUGUAUUCUUGUUGCUACGGAUGGCAUAUGGGAUAAUUUACCAGAUUCGACUAUACUCGAAGAAGUGAACAAACUCGCCGAACCAACACUUGAUAAUUUACAGCAAAUCGCACAUGCGCUAGCCAAACGCGCAUUAGACAAUGGUCAUGAUCCGAAAUUCAAUUCUCCAUUUGCUAAAAACGCGAAAAAAGCACUCGGCAUCAAUAUUAUCGGUGGAAAACCUGAUGACGUCACCGUGUUAUUAGCGAUUGUAACGUCUAAAUGUGGAUGA